AUCCGUAGUUACCGUAAACUAGACGUGUACUUUGCUGUAUUGUUGACAUGUAGUUUCAUCAGAUUAGGGGAAAUGCGAGUGUUUUCAACUUUACACCAGACUCAACGAUAACAAGCGCCUGUCAUCCGUCUAACUUUAACCGUUACUAAUGUUUUCAAAUCAUAAUGUCUUCGGAUUUGAUGUUAGACUUUGUGAAUCCGUCGAUGAUGAAUAAGGAAGCGGAGGACAUUUCCAUCGACCAGGAUGGAGAAUGGGAUAUCAGUUUAUUUGAUGAACUGGAAGAGCUUGGUGAUGCUGAUGAGUUCCUGAAGGCGCUAGUGGACAGUGUCAGCUAUGACGCAACUACCUCUGACCUAAACUUUGACAUUGAGCAUCCAGCAUGGAACUCAAAUGGGUGGAGAGACAAUGGCAGCCCUCGAUCUGAUGGUGAUGUAACAAUGGACUCACUUUCACCAAACCACACACUCAGUUCAGUUUCCUCUCCAGCUUCGGUGGAACCGCACUCCCCAUACUCUACACAUGAUGAAGUGCUUUCUCCACUGUCCUGGAAUUCACAACCCUCCCCGCUGUCUGUGUGCUCUGACUCCAGUGGUUUUGCUGAGACCCCUGUUGAUAAGCAACCUAAGAGGACCAAUCAGGCGGCGAAAGCAAAGCCUGCCCAGGCAGCUAAGAGACCCAUCCAGAGGAACCCCAAGAUUUCCAUUCAGCCUAAACCGCUCAUCACGGCGCUGCCCAUCUCCCCAGCUCCCCUUCAGGCUAAGACCAUCAUCAUCCAACCUCUCCAGACAACAGUUCUGCCUGUAGUGAAGCAGCAACCUGUCACUAUUCAGCCAGCGCCCCCUACAGGUCGACCGAUGUUGCUGACCCAGCCUACUCAGGUGGUACAGCUUCAGACUCCUCAGGCAUUAACAACACGUGUCGUCACCGUACCAACACUGCCUCAGGACAGACCCGCCCCUGUUGUUGCCCCGGUAACAGCAUCUCCUGUGGUUGCCGUCACAGUCCAGAAUUCCAGCUUUGAAGAUGAUUCGAGUGCGUUUCGGAGGCAGCAGCGUAUGAUAAAGAACCGAGAGUCUGCGUCUAUAUCUCGAAAAAAGAAGAAAGAUUACCUGCUGACGCUGGAGGCCCGUCUGAAGUUGGCAUUGUCAGAAAACGAAAAGCUAAAAAAUGAAAACGGCACAUUGAAAAAUCAACUAGUGGGGUUGAUGAAUGAGAACUGUGCACUGAAAGCAACAGCCCCCAAACGAAGAGCCGUGUGUCUUAUGGUGGUCCUGGUCUUUUUGAUGUUUAACCUGGGUACAAUCAGUCUGCUCGGUGGAAACCAAGGGUCCACUUAUCCCGCAGCCCCUGCAUCCAGUGGCCGACACCUGCUGGGUUUCUCAGAAAGAAACGCAGAAUCAAACAUGCCUGAGACCGAUCCCGCUAAUAUUGUUAACAGGUUGGAGGACGUGACAUCAGAGCAGAAGGCUUUGAUGGUGGUAAAGAGGGAACCUCUGUAUUUCCGAGCUCCGAACCCUUGCCAGCCACCCGUCAACAGGACCAAGUGCAUGAAGCUAGCACAUGAACUGAGGGGCUGGGUACAUCGCCAUGAGGUUGAGCGCACCAAAACCCGUCGUAUGAGCAACACCCAGAACAAGGGCAGAACCAUCCCGAAAACCGCAGAUAAACAGGUAUCUCCGAUAGUGACUCAGGUCCAGUACACAGAUACUUCCGACAAGAUUCCUAGCCGUGAGUUGCAGGUGUACUACGCACCCCACCGCACCUACAAUGACUUCUUUGAUGAGCUCAACAGGAGGGGGGACACAUUUUACGUGAUCUCUUUCCGCCGGGAUCACCUCCUUCUUCCUGCCACCAACCACAAUAAAGGAAGCCGACCCAAGAUGUCUCUUGUCCUGCCUGCUAUGAAAUAUAAUGAAAGUGUCAUAAAAGACAAAGAGUUUGAGGUGAUGAUGCAGAUCGACUGUGAGGUCAUGGACACCAGAAUCCUGCACAUCAAGUCGUCCAGUAUUCCACCCAUCUUGCGUGUCAAUCAAACGGACACAGACUCUAUCUAUCACCCGACCCCUAGCAACAGCCAACCCGCGACGCCUGUCGGUGUUCUCAUGGGAUCUUCUUAAUCCAAGCAAUUCACUGGCAGCAAAUAAAUUGACGUUGUGAAUUACCUUGUUGUUUCGCCUUGUCUGCCUCCAUCUGUUGCCUGAGAUCUUUUUUUUUUGUUACGUGUGUGAUGCAUAAUGCAUCAACUAUUCAUUUCGAAAUAAAAGUCAGUUUUAUUUCAGGGUUGUCUCAUUCAACAGGAAUAUUUUCCAACAGUGCCGAUCAAAGUGGCAUCUGGAUUUAUUAUUGAUUUAAUUGUAACAAAGUACAGGUAGUGUCUAACCACUUUUAAUAUGCCUCGACUGACUUGGUUCAGAUGCAUAUUUCGUUUAUUUCUUUGUCAUUGUGGUAGCUGUCAAGUAAAUUGUCUUUGAUUUUGUUUGCACUGCUUGAAACUGAAGUGAAUAUUUAUGAAGUUAUUAUAUGUACCAAGCUUGUUUGGUACACAUUUAAAUCUCAUGUUUAAUUUUACCAUCCUCUAAGAAUUUUCCAGCGAGCUUUUGUUUUAUAGAUGUGGCUAUUGUUGCUAGAUUAUUUACCCUUUUAUAUUAGCGAAUUCAGCCAUUUCGUGUAAUCGAAAAGCAAUUUUGUCAUUCAGGACACUGGUAUAUUUAUAUUUCCAAAGAGGAGUGUACAAAAUAAUAUAUUUUAAGGUGUUUAGAUUAUAAUUCUGACUUGCGCCUGGUCUCUGGGAUAAAUAAUUUUAAGCUACAGUAAUUCUGAUAUAGGAAAUAGCAUUUUAGGGGGGAAAAUGUGUAAACAAUAGUCUGUUUAUUUGGAUAAAUAUACAUGCGUAAUGUUUUUUCUAUGUGGCAUUACUGCAGUUUAAUGAGACCGAGCACUUGAGUAAUCUUAAUUUUGUCUUAUUUUCCCUUAUUCGCUGUAUUCAUAAUUUGUGAUUGAACAGUUGAAAUGUUUAUUUUUUAUUUCAUAACGUCCUCUUUUCUCAAAGAAUUUUUUUUUUACAUUUAUUGUAUUUAAUUUCUGCAGUUUUGCAAAAAUGUGUUAGUUACACACAUUGACAGAAAUGAAAGCAAUUUUGUAACGACACAAAGAAAUAAACACUGGACAAAUACUACA